AUGGACUUCACAGCCCUAAAAAGCUUGUGGCAUAAGCGUACCUGUCACAUUUGCUCGGAUUUCAUGGAAGACCCAGUGACCACUAGGUGUGGGCACAACUUCUGUCAUGCCUGCUUCAGUUUGUUCUGGAAUGAUCUAAAAGAUAUCUUCCCCUGCCCCGUCUGUCAGAUUCACUUUCCACAGAGAAGCUUCAGCAAGAACCACCAGUUCCAUAACAUGACUGAAAUGAUUAGGCUCCCGCAGAAGAGACAGAGCAAGAGGAAGAGGCAGGAAGAACACACAGUGUGUCAGAAGCACGAUCAGCCUCUGGUCUUGUUCUGCGUGAAGGAUCGGGAUGUCUUAUGUACCCAGUGUAGUCUCUCUGUCGAACACCAGGGUCAUUACACCUGCUCCAUUAAGAAAGCCGGCUCGUAUCACAGGAAACAUCUAGAGUGCAUCACUGAAACCUUUAAUUGCAAAGUGAAACAAGUCACAAAACAGCUAGCUCUGCAGCACAGAAGAGUUCUUGAACUGAGGGAGGAGACUGAAUGUAAAAAAGAGAGAGAUAA